AUCCUGUUCCUCGUUCCCUCUUUGAGUCAGUCUUUCCCGCUGAACAAAAACGUUUCUCUCACAGACUCACAGACACUUGACUCCUGAGCCUUCUGUACCAGAGAAGCAUGGAUUUCAUGGAACUCUUUUUCAUUGCUCUUGGUACUGGAGUUGUGGUGUACUAUGGAGUGAGGCUACUGCUUUUCAGUAGGAUGCUUUUUCCAAAACUGUGGUUUCCACUGCCAAAAACUUUUUUCACCUCAAUGGGAGAGUGGGCAGUGGUGACUGGUUCUUCAGAGGGAAUAGGAAGAGCAUAUGCAUUUGCACUAGCUCAGCGGGGAAUGAACAUUGUAGUCAUGAGCAGAACCAAAACAAAACUGGAUCAAGUGGCUAAAGAGAUAGGAGAAGCCACAGGGCAGAGGGUGAAAGUGAUAGCAACAGAUUUUACCAAAGAAAAUAUCUUUAGUGAAAUUGAAGAGCAACUGAAGGACCUCAACAUAGGAGUUUUAGUCAACAAUGUAGGAACGCUGCCUUGCUUCAUUCCCUACAGAUUCCUUGAGAAUGAUGAGCUGGACAAGACAAUUACCAAAGUGAUAAACUGCAAUGUGAAGACGAUGGCCAAGAUGUGCAAAAUUAUUCUCCCAGGCAUGGCAAACAGAGGGAAAGGGAUGAUAUUGAAUGUUUCUUCUGGAAUUGCUUCUAUCCCAUUUCCCAUGUACACCCUGUAUGCUGCAUCAAAGGUGUUUGUGGAAAGAUUUUCUCAAGGUCUACAAGCUGAAUACAAAGAUAAGGGGAUUAUUAUCCAGUCAGUGGCUCCAUUCGGGGUAUCCACUCGAAUGGCUGGGUUCCAAAAAGCUAACAUGAUAACUUUUUCACCAGAAGACUUUGUAAAAUAUUCACUGCAGUACGUCAGCGCUGGAGACAAAACAAAUGGAAGCAUCUGUCAUACAGUUCUGGGCUGGUUGCUGCAGACUAUUCCACUUAAGAUUCUCUAUGCAGAACCUAUGAUGCAAGGCUUACAAGACUACGCCAAGCAAAAUCGAAUGCAGGCUGGAUUGGUCUAAAUCAAAAGCCAUGUGUGACAGACAUGCUGGUGUGCUUCAGAUCAUAAGUUCUUCUCCCCUUGCUUUUCUUUUUCCAUCAACAGGUUAAUCUUGUUUUCUUCUGUCCGAAGACUGAUUAUUUUUUUUUGUGGAGCUAUGCAGGUUCGUUUAGAUGCUUUCUGGGAAAGUCUUGUUCUUGACUGUAAACAGCGAUUUGCAUCUUGCUAUAAACCCUCUGUGUUUAUGUUCAUGAAGGCAUGUCUUGAUUGUAGACUUAGACGCACCUACCACCUUGAGAGUGUUCUCGACCUGGGUUGAUGUUGAAAAGGUUUCUUUCUUCCUUUUUUUUGUUUAACCAUCAAAAUGAUUCUGCCAUCGCCUACUUUUGUAAUCUUUGUGUGGUCUUUCAGGCAUUUUGGUGUUCUUAAGCCGGUCAGUGUUUGGUCACUCCUGAAGUUUUUGCUAUCUCUCGGAUGAUUUUGUUUGUUUUUUUUUCAGUCUAUGGCCUCCCUUACUUGUACUGACAUCUUUGAAAUUCCAGUAAACAGUUACUAAAUCCACAUUCAACACUCAGAAUCCGCUUCAGAAUAACACUGGAACAGGCCUCGCCUGCCCAAUUAAUUUUUACAGUUGACUGACAAAACUGGUUGUGUACUAAAAAAAAAAGUUAUAACAUCUACGCAGUUAAUGCAUUGCCUUUGUCAAACAGCCCCUGAAUUAAAGGUGAAAGUCUGCACUUCCAUCACAUCUUAAUUGUUUGAUUUAAAAUCCACUGUCAUGGUGUAUAGAGGCAAAAUUGUCUCACUGUCCAAAUACUUAUGGAACUGUAUUAAUAUGAAUGCAGUAGUACUGUCUGAACUGUUUCCAUGUAAAACACAUGUCUAUAAAUUACAUUCUUAAUUUAAUCUCCACGUCUUCAUCUUAUAGGGACUGAUGCAUGUUGUUUGUUCACUCAAAUAAAUGAAAUAUCACCAUUGUUGGUUUUAAACAAUAUUGUUACUGAACAAAUGGUGCUUUUCAAGUUUACUUGAGUAAUUAGUGUUAUUUCAUGUAAUACUGUGCACUCAAAAACAAGCUUUACAAUUUGCUUUAAAAAAAAACCCUCAGGUCAAGUUAUUCCACCCAAAUGCAAAGUAACUGUUAACUUGCCAAAGCACUGCUUUUUGUUGUAAUCAGACUAUUACUUAUUUAUGAGUGUUCUUGUCAAUAGAAAAAUGAUGUCGUGUUUCUCCUUCUUUGCACCUUCAGUUUUACGGUUCAGAUAUAAAUCUCUUACUCCACACAGUUAAUAAUUCUGAUGCAAUUCAAGGUUAAAAUUUACAUAACUUUCUCAUACUUGACUAAGCACUGAUAGCAGUGACAAAUGUGUGCGUGUGUGUGUCUACAUAUCUUGUAGAGAUAUGAGUAAUAAUAAUAAUAAUGACACCUUAUCUGCUAAACGGAAGGACCUGUCUUGUUCCAUUAAUUCACUCCUACACAUCCGUACGCACACACACACACACACACACUUUUAACUGUCAUUAGCAUCCUCUAUUCUCCUCUGAGAUCAAGAAAACAUUUGCUCGCGUGAUGGGAAGACGCAAUCAUCUCAGAAUCAGACUCUUUUCUAAUCCACAGCAGGAGUUCGGGACAGAGACUUAUCAGCUUCUACCUGCAUCCUCAGAAAUUAGUUUGACAGUGUGCUGCAGACAGCAUGAUAUACACUGUUUAAAGAAAACAAAACCUUCCCUCAUCUGUGUAUGUAUAUAUGCUGACACGCACAGCUGUUUUAAUUAGCAUGUGCUUCAGUGAUGUCUGACCUAAAAGGGUCACUAAUCACACGGAGACAGGGGUGUUUAGACAACCGUGAUGAAUGAUCCUCCCCAUGAGAGAUAGUGUCGGGAAUAAGAAAAAAGAAGGAGUGAGAAGGGGAGGAAGGUCAGAGUGACCCUGAGCUUAGAUAGUCUAUUCCUAGUCUGAAUGUUUAAAAAAAAAGAAAGGAAAAUAAUGACCUGUUCACAAAUCAAAACUCUGUUCUCUUCUCUUGGUAUCGAUCAAUGACUGUAGGAAACAUAUACACUGAUUGGUAUGGAUAUUCAUGGUAAGAGAAAAUCUCAGAAUCUGUGAGCUCAUCAGUUUAUCUGUAAUUGAUACAUAUGACUUUGGUUUUGUAAUAUAUUAAGGCAGAAAAUCCUCGAUUUCCACUGUGUACAUUCACAGCAACUACAAAUAGUGUAGGAGCCAAACUCACGUCCACAAAGUCUUUUAAAAUUGUCAAAUUAUCAAAAAUGUAUUGCUGCCUGAUUGAUCAUCGCGAAUAAUGGCCGAUGGUAAAUCAAGUGUGUGGACGCUUUUAACGUAUUCCUACCUGAGCUGUUUGUUUUUGUUGCACAUCAUUGUUCAUGGUAAAGCUUCAAUCUAACCUGGCCUGGACUGCAGAUGUAAAUUAGCCGUGUUGUUUAAAUUUUUUUAAUGUUUUUUUCUUUGGUUUAUGUAUAUUCGUUUACAUGUAUGAAAGGAAAGAAAAAAGAAAGGAGUAUUUAUCAUACCAACACAAGCAGGGUGAAACAAGAGUAACUAGUAAAUCAUACUUCAUGAAAAAUAAAGAUGUGUUUUAACUGA